AUGAGAAAGAUCAGAGGCUUCAAGCUUAAACACAGGGUCACAACCCUUUUCCGAUUCUUCCUCCACCGGAACCGCUCCUCUUCCGGGUACCGUAGACUCUCUUUCUUCCCACCAGACCCAAACCCCAAACCCAUCUCCGCUCUCUUCAAUUCCCUCAAAACAAAGGCCAAGUCCCUCUGUUCUGCCAAUCCGGGUCGGAUUUUGGGUCGGGGUUACGUUCCAAUGGAUAGGAAUCACCGUUUGGUGGAGGUGCCGAAGGGUCAGAUGGCGGUGUAUGUGGGUCAGAAAGACGGCGGCGAUUUUCGCCGGGUUUUGGUGCCGGUGGUGUAUUUCAACCACCCGUUGUUUGGAGAUCUGUUGAGGGAGGCCGAGGAGGAGUUCGGGUUUGAUCACUCGGGUGGGAUUACGAUUCCUUGUCGGAUUUCGGACUUCGAGAACGUCAAGACCAGGAUCGCCGAAGGCCGCUGUGGCCGGAAUUUGCUGACGUGGAAGAAGGGUUCUUCUUGA